CAGAUUCCGGACAGAGAUUCAGCUGCGUUUCAAAUAUUUCCGUACUAAAGAUUAACAUUAAUCUUAAAUAUCAAGAAUAUCUUAAUUUACAGAACAAUGGACAACUACGAAAAGAACGGAGAAGAAAUAUUCCUCAAUUUCUGCACCUCUGAUCACGAACGACCUAUUAUGCUGCCGAGAGCUCCAGAUCAGACGUAUAUAGACAGGUACCCGGAGAGUAGUGACUUCAAAGACGAACGACAACGUCAGUCUGAUUAUGAGGCUGAAGUUAUGGUGUAUAGGGCAUUAGAGAAAUUACCGGACGGUAAGAUCGUCGUUCUUCAUAACUUUGAAUACACGCACCAUCAAUACCGUACGUGUGAUAAAAAUCAUGUGAGAAGGGGUUGUCCUAAAUGUAAAUCUAAAAAGCCGGUAAUUGAAGGAGAAUGUGAUUUUUUAAUUUUAUGUCCAGGCUCCAUUGUUAUAAUUGAAGUUAAGAACAUGUCUCACAUUGACAUCGAUGAUAUUGCGAUUGACAAGGAAAAGCACUUCCGAGCAUUAUAUGGUACGUUCAAAAAGUCAGUUGAGCAGAGAAAGAAGAUAGAAUCUCUGAUUCAAUGUAUAGAAAAGGACACAACUAUCCGUCAGUUCACUGCGUAUCCUAAUUUCAGUAAACAAUUUAAAGGACAGUUCCAGGCUAGUGAAGAUACAAAACUUCGGCUAAGCGAUUCAGAAUUAUCAACCGUGAUAUUUCAUGAGGACAUUGUAGAUGUUAACAAAAUCAACGAUAAUGAUAAGCAAGGUUAUUUCUCUCGGUUUUUAAGUUGUUUGAGGGGCUGCUUUCUCGGAGUCAGAGAUACAGAAAGACAAAUCUCCAGUGAUGACAUCUCAUCAGGCGAUGACUUAUCCAGCGAUGACAUCUCAUCAGACGACGACUUAUCAAGUUUUGGUUCUUGGUGGAAUAACAAUGCAACAAUAGCUGAAGAUACAAUAAUUAAUUGUGAUGCCUUUCAAAAAGUAAGAAAUAUCUUACUUGUUAUAUGGGCUAACUGCGAUCAAUCGAAAUGUAGUUUAGCAAACUGCAUAUUAAACAUUGAUGAACAGCUCAGAUCAGGAAAAUUUAUAUUUUUACCAAAAAAAGGUAAGAAUCGUGCACAGAAUCCUGGAGUUGUAACAGCUCCUGAUGUUAUAAGAAACUAUGUUGAAGUGGAUAACCUGACAGCAGAACAAUGUAAAGCGUUCGAAUCAAGCGAGAAUCUGUUGUGGAUUAAUGGACCCGCUGGAGCGGGAAAAAGUGUAAUACUUUGCGGUCGAAUAAUCAAACUUGUACAACAAUUUAAUGAGGACAAUAAGGUUGUGUUAUUCAAAUUCGGUGGUAAAGGUAAUAACUGUCAGCUUUAUCAGCGUUCAUUAAAGAAAGCUGGUGUAGAAUACGAAGAUACCAGCAUGUCUGACGUCACAGAACUAGUUACUCUAAUAUCAGAGAGUAAGUGUAAAGUUAUCAUUGUAGAGAUAACACGUAUGGAUAUACAGAAGUUAACAGACACAAUCAGUGCUGUGACCAACUGUCACAUAUUUAUUGAUGAUAUACAGGAGGUCAUGUUAUCCCUGCUCCUGGUAACGCUGUUUGCCCCGAUUCCCUCUACCGGGGAAGAACCCCCUUCAACGGACUGGAAACUAAUAGAACGACCUGUAGAGAAGUUCAUGUUCCCUAUCAAGGACUACAUCCUAGAAGUGAAAUCCCUCCGUCCAGACGUGUAUAACACUAACCCGUCUUGGAACGAACUCCCCGCAGCUCGUACCUCUAUGAUUCUGGAACUCCAUGACGGGAGUUGGCAGAGUAGGGUAGGUAGGAUGGUGUGGAACACUAUUAAGUACGAUAUGGGACGGGAUGUGUACAUCGAGCAGUGUGCUAAUAACUACCAACCAUACCGCUCCUUUCCUGCCGGCGGAAAGAAGGAGCAGAUCUGGGCGUGGCACUUCAACCCUGAGGAUAUAGAGCUGACAUGUGACGGAGAACUGCAGUACUCUAAGCUGUUCUCUGAAGGGGACGUUGACCCAAGGAGACCUGGGUUACCAGAGAAAUGCCAGGAACUGGGAGCUGCUUCAGUUGACAGGAUAAUAUUGAAGUUCAUGGAGGGCUGCUAUAUUCGAGCAGUUCCUAAAGGGGGUGAGUUAAGAGCAGUUCCUAAAGUGGGUGAGUUAAGAGCAAUUCCUAAACUGGGUGAGUUAAGGCUCCCUGCCCCCCUCACCCUCCCUACAUGUGACUGCUGGCACCCCAGGUGCGGGUACUGCUCUAACCCGGAGUGUACGGUAGAACAGGACCUGUCCUCCUCUGAUCACGGAGUCCAGGUGACCUCCAAAGUAAGGUGGAGGAAGGUAAACACACUCGUGUUAUACGACGAAGCUGGCAGUGCUAUCGGUAAGUUCCACUGGAGCAGGUCGCGUGUGAUCCUGACUGGGGGGUGUAUCCAGUGCUCUCCCCCCUCCUCGGUCAGGAGACUCAGGGGGCUCACUACUUGGAGCUUUACUCUGAAGGAGGGAGCAGUGAAGAUCUGGGUGGAAGGAGCUGUGGUUUACGAAAGGAAGUUGCUUGCGGAGUGCGCGGAGAGGUACGGGGGAGUGAGGAGGUUCGCUUUCUAUAAUAUGGGGUGUGAGAACUCCUUUAGGGUGACUCAUGAGAUGAUUACUGGAGACAUGUUUACUGAGAACUGUGAGGGGAUGUGUAGUGAUUAGUGGUUAGUGACUAGUGGUUAGUGACUAGUGGUUAGUGACCAGUGGUUAUGGACUAGUGUUCAGCUGAAUAAUAAUAAUAGAUAGAGCCAACACAGCAUGAUUAAGCGGAGGUAAUUGCUGAGGAGAUUGAGGCAACUUGGUAACUAUGGUAACUAGUAGUGUAACUAUGGUAACUUGAAUUUUGAUAUCAUCUCGAGAAAACAAAAGCUUUUCAGCAGUAUCUGAGUAUCCAGUAUCUCGCACACAUCAUGAUAGUGUUGAACUGUGGAACUGCAACUACCACAAUACAAUAAUACCGAGUCACUUGUCACUUGAACUGUCAGUUAGUGACAGGUAUGAUAUUUACUUACAUCUUGAUUAUGUGCUUGUUUUUGUUCCACACAA